CGGCCCACCUCCCCACGCGACAGUACACCUCCUCCGCGCGACGGCCCACCUCCCCAGUGCCACGGCACACCUCCCCCGCCUCCCGCAUAACUCGUGGCCACCUACCCCGCCCCAUUCACCUUAUCCUUUCACUCCUCACUCCACUCACUUCAUCUGCCCCUUUCCCUUCCGCCGCCGCAUCGCCGCGCGCGUCGACGAACUGCCGGCCGCGCUCCUCCGCCCCUUCAUCGUCUACCACUCCGCCGUCUUCGGCAACUUCAAGGGCCGCACCGUCCUGUUCGACUGCGGCAUCCACCCGGCCUACUCCGGCAUGGCGGCGCUGCCCUACUCUGACGAGAUCGACCCCUCCACCAUCGACGUCCUCCUCGUCACCCACUUCCACUUGGAUCUUGUUGGGGGAAUCCGACUGACUGGCUCUUCGCUGGUGCCCGGUUCGACUGCGGCAUCCACCCGGCCUACUCCCGCAUGGCGGCGCUGCCCUACUUUGACGAGAUCGACCCCUCCGCCAUCGACGUCCUCCUCGUCACCCACUUCCACUUGGACCACGCCACCUCGCUGCCCUACUUCCUCGAGAAGACGACGUUCAAGGGCCGCGUGUUCAUGACCCACGCCACCAAGGCCAUCUACAGGCUGCUGCUCUCGGAUUACGUCAAGGCCAGCAAGGUGUCGGUGGAGGACAUGCUGUUUGACGAGCAGGACAUCAUCCGUUCCAUGGACAAGAUCGAGGUCAUAGACUUCCACCAGACACUUGAAGUUAAUGGCAUACGCUUCUGGUGCUAUACUGCUGGCCAUGUACUUGGUGCUGCCAUGUUCAUGGUGGAUAUUGCCGGUGUUCGCAUUCUUUACACCGGUGACUACUCCCAUGAAGAAGACCGGCACCUAAAAGCUGCUGAGAUCCCCCAGUUCUCCCCUGAUAUUUGCAUUAUUGAGUCAACUUAUGGCGUGCAGCAACACCAACCCCGCCAUGUCAGAGAAAAGCGCUUCACUGAUGCCAUCCACAACACUGUUUCUCAAGGGGGGCGUGUUCUUAUCCCGGCAUAUGCUCUUGGUAGAGCACAUGAACUGUUGCUUAUCCUGGAUGAGUAUUGGUCUAACCACCCAGAGCUCCAUAAGAUUCCAUAUUAGAAAAGGCGCCGUGGCACGACCACACAUGGAGGGCCAGGGCGAAGACACGGCCACGGUGGUGCAGCCUGUGGUCCA